GGGCGGGGCGUGCUCUCUCCGCCCGCGCCGCCGCCGCCGCCGCCCGGCAGCUGAGAUCGAGCGGAGGAGCCGCCGCCGCCGCCGCCGCCAUGGGGGUGGAGGGCUGCACCAAGUGCAUCAAAUACCUCCUCUUCGUCUUCAACUUCAUCUUCUGGCUGGCCGGAGGCAUCAUCCUGGGAGUGGCCCUGUGGCUCCGGCAUGACUCGCAGACGACAAGUAUCCUCUACCUGCAGCUGGGGGACAAGCAGGCCCCCAACACCUUCUACGUCGGAAUCUACAUCCUGAUCGCAGUCGGAGCUGUCAUGAUGUUCGUGGGGUUCCUGGGAUGCUACGGCGCUAUUCAGGAGUCUCAGUGCCUUCUGGGGACGUUCUUCACUUGCUUGGUGAUCCUGUUUGCCUGUGAAGUUGCGGCUGGAAUUUGGGGAUUUGUCAACAAAGACCAAAUAGCCAAAGACGUGAAGCAGUUCUACGAUCAAGCGUUUCAACAAGCGCUCAUGGCAGAAUCGGAGACGAACAAUGGGAAGGCUGUAGUGAAGACCUUUCAUGAAACGCUGGACUGCUGUGGUCCUGAUAAUAUAAUAGGAGCUAUCACUCCCCUGUGGAGAGAUGACCUCUGCCCAAAGGACUCCUUCCUGAAAAACCUUGGUGAGCCCUCAAACUGCCACAAAAAAAUCGACGAGCUGUUCUCCGGGAAGCUGUACCUGAUCGGGAUCGCUGCCAUCGUGGUUGCUGUGAUCAUGAUCUUUGAAAUGAUCCUGAGCAUGGUGCUGUGCUGUGGCAUAAGGAACAGCUCCGUCUACUGAGCCGUGAGAGCCGGGGAGGGGAAGGGGGGAGCAGGGCGGACGGCACUCAAGGGGACCCCAAGUGCCACCAAGUGACCAGGAGACAUUUCAACAAAAGACAAGGAAAACUAUGUAUAUAAAUACUUCCGAUAUUACCAUACAGUACUUAUCAUUUUUAUUUUGAAGUACUUUUUUUUUUAAUAAAUAAAACUUUCCCGUAUCCUCGUGGCUGAGUUAGUUACACAUCAGUUUUGUGCGAUGGGGAAAGCUGCUGUAGCAGGAGCUCAAGUCCUUCCUCCCCCUUCCCCACGCCCGUAACUCAGAAAUAACGUUGGUGGAAGAUGUACAGAGGAGAAGGCUGCAGCCUGUUAUCAGAAAACUUUGCCUUGGUUUUUACUCUCUUUUUUCAACACUGACUUUUUUAAUAUACGUAAUCGGAUGCUGAAGCAGGGUUUAGUGGUUUUGUUCAUUUGUACUCACCUUUGCUUACCACCGCCCCAACUCCCUGGCGUCUCCAAGCUGUCCGUCGGGAAGCCUGGCUGACUGCCCGAAGCCUGGCUGCCAGGAGCGGUGGGGAGAGGAAACCGUGCGAUGUGUCCCCCGGGGAAUGCAGACACGUUGUUCCUCUCCCACCUCUUCGCAUCCCUCGGUCAAUCCUUAACAGAAGUCACACUCACGAUUUUUUUUUUUAGUCUCUGAAGAGUAGGGAUGUUUUUGGCUUUUUUGUCUUUGUGUUUUUGUUUUGUUUUUUUUUUUUCUUGGGACGGUAACUAUAAAUUCACUCAUUUCCACUGAUUGGUGACAUUAAAGGGUCAGUGGCUGGGGGUGAAUUUCGGUCCCAGUUUUUCAAAUAUAACAAACUGAAGAUUAAGUCACUCUCUUAACCUCCUUCAGUGUUUCUUUAUAGACGCAUGUUUUUGGGAGUCUAGUUCUGUACUAAGUUUCCACUGUUAAGCUAAUGCUUGCAUACAAAUGAUAUUGGAAAAAAGAAGAAAACUUUUUUUAAAAAAAAAAAGUCUUUAACCUUAGGAAUCCUGCAUUUAUAUAUUGCAGGGUGAUGCUUGGGGGUUCCCAGCCACAUGCAUACAUGUUUAAAAUGUCAUCUUUGCAUCGCUGUCUUGUUCAGUGACACUUUUCUGACUUACAGCGUAUUGUCGCACACUGUAACAUUGGUGGGAAAUUGUCAUAACCUGAUUUGGGAGAAAAAAAAAAAAAAAAAAAAAAGAAGUUUCCUUUUAAGACCUUCCAGUUACAUCAACAGCAGGAGAUCAGCUUAUCAAAGCAAGGGAAUUCAGGAUUUUAGAUCUGACCAACUGAAACACUUUCUUGUCACCUGGUAAGCUUUGAUUGCUAAUUCGAUGCGUGUGGCUUCUGUUGUAUGCCACUCCGUUACCAUGUAGGUGGAGGGGGGAGAGUGACCCAGGAGCUAUGUAAUAAAAUCAGAGUGUCUCUAAAAAGAUGAUCUAUAUGUAUAGUUCUAUAGAUAUAUAUUUUUAAGCAAAGCCUUUUCCUUAGCCGCACGGGCACUUGAGCUGGGAAUAACAGUCUCUCUCAGCUCUUUGCCACCUCGAAGCAGGUAAGGGGAGGAGUUGAAACUAGUGAUCACCUUCCCCACUUCAGGAAUAUUUCUGUUUCUUAAAAGUGUUUCACUCUCCCGCUUCGUUCCAACGAAGAGCUUCAGAUCAGAUAGGGAGGGAGGCCCGUGAUCAUUUUAAACUAGUACCUUCUCCACUGCACGGGGCUGCCGUGGCCUUUGCCACUACAGGAUGGGAAAUUCCUGCGCUGGGGCAAACUGAUCCGUUCGGAAGCUUUUCCCCCCUUCUGCUCCCCCCCCCUUCCUCUUCCUGCCUUUUAGUAUAUAGGGCCUUUAAAAAGUAUAUAGGUAAAUAUAUAUAUAUAUCUCAAGUUGUGCUGGGUAAGAGGAGGAAGAGCUUCAACAGAACUUCGGAUCGAGGGGUUGGACACGAAAAGAUUCAGCCUUAGAAACAGCCUUAAAGCAACACUGCCCUGAAUGUCCCCGCUGUGCACACUGAGAAUGGGACGAGGUUUUGCAGUAGGUAACCCCUUCCCCUGCUCCCCAGCGUAGCUCCUUCAGGUCAUCUACUCUGUUAUGUGGCUAUACGUAUAUGCAUCAGCCAAGCAUGUGUGUUUACAUAUAUGUGCAUCGGGAUUGUUAGCAUACAGAAUGGAUGUGUAACUUGCCGCCUUUUUUGUUGACUGUUGAUAAAUGUGUAUAAAUAUGCCAUUAAGCAUUUCA